AUGAAUCUGCUACACUCUGCUCUCGACAAAGUUCGCGACCGAUAUGCGCCUAUCAAGCAUACGUCGACCUUUCGGUCAACCGGUCAAAUCACCCCUGAAGAAUUUAUCCUGGCCGGCGACUACCUCGUGUAUAAGUUUCCCUCAUGGUCCUGGUCCGAUGCAGCCAGCCCAGCGCGACGCGUCAACUAUCUGCCUCCGGAGAAACAAUUCCUAGUGACUCGUGGAGUCCCCUGCCACAGGCGUCUAGACGAGAAUUUUGCCGGUGGAAACGGGGCUGCAGACGACCUUGUACGGGACGGUUUCCUCGGUGGGCCAGACAGUGAGACUACGGGCGACGACGAGGGCUGGCUCCGAACAGGAGGCACGACCGAAAAGGAACAGGAAGGGCUAAGGGGAGAGGUGCGAACCAUGAGCGAGAGCGGCCAGCUGGGCAAAAAGGCCAGCGAGGAGGAAGAGGAAGACGAAAUCCCCGACAUGGAAGACGAGGACGAUGACAAUGAAGCCAUUAUCAGGGACAAGAGCGAGGGUGCUUCAGCCCCCUUGCGGACUUACACCCUCUACAUAACAUAUACACCGUACUACCGCACGCCACGAAUGUACCUGUCGGGCUACCUGUCGCCCUCGGAACCACUGCCUCCCCAUCUCAUGAUGGAAGAUAUUGUCGGGGAUUACAAAGACAAAACAGUGACUCUUGAAGACUUCCCUUUCUUCGACACCAGUGUCAAGAUGGCAUCCAUCCAUCCCUGCAAGCAUGCCAGCGUCAUGAAGAUCCUUCUAGAUCGUGCCGACGCGGCCUUGAAACUCCGGUUGCAGAAGCAGUCUGCUGGUGCCGCGGCUCCCGGUAACGUGUCAGGUAUGGAAGGUCUGAUUGACGACACCUCCAAAUUGAACCUGGGGGAUAAACGGAAGGAAGAGAAGCGUGGCCACGAAGCUGGAGUCAAGGCCGCCACGGGUGGUGCUGGGGGCGAUGAAUGGGAAGUACUCGACGAACAGGAUGCUGACAAAGAGGACGAGGGAGACAAGGUGGCUAUCCGGGUGGAUCAGUAUUUGGUCGUCUUCCUGAAGUUUAUGGCCAGUGUCACGCCGGGCAUUGAGCAUGAUUUCACCAUGGGUGUAUGA